AUGAACAUCACACCACGAUCCGUCCUCGCUGUCAUCAUCCUUGUUGCGGUUCUCUUGACAUUUUCACAUGGUCUUGUUGCUGCAUCUCCAUUCCAACCUCUUCAACCACAAUUCCUAUCCACCUUGUCCGAACAUGCCACCUCUCAACAAAUAGUUGAAUAUUAUUUCUAUGAAAAUGUGUACACAGACGCAAAUUGCACUCAACGCACAGGAGCCAAAUUCUUAAAAGCAGCAGCAACCACUCCAUGUGUUGCUGGUCCUCCUCAGGUCACCUGUCAACAAAUUACCGGUUUCAACUUGUAUGGUUAUCGAACUUGUGUUUCCACUCCACCAAAAGUUGAAUCUGGAAUGGGAGCUCUUGCUUUUUAUAACAAUCAAAAUUGUUCCAACACUGCUUCAACAACACUCACUUCAACAACAUUACCACCCUCUUCCACUAUUCCACACAGUGUUGAAGUGGUUGUGUAUUAUCCCAUGUUUGAAUGUACCACCGAUGUGUUUGAUGUUUCAUCCAGAGUCAAAUUGGACACUUUGAAAUAUCACAUGUUUAAGGGAGAUUUGACAUGUAAACAAGAGACGGAUUCAUGGGAGGUGGAUACUUCAUGUGCACCCUAUGGACCUAGUGGUUCCAUGUUGUUUGUGAUUAAUCCUGCAAUGGUUUAUUAUGACAUGUAUACAGAUGCUUCAUGUACCAAGUCAACCUUGUCACUCGUCGUUGCGAAUGCUUCGUGCACUCCAAGUCAAACAUGUUCAAGAAUUGAAAUGUUUCCAACUUUGGAGUUUUAUGGUUAUCGUUCUUGUCAUUCAAGUGUUCCAGCUCCAAGACAAGGUCAAGUCAUGUCAGUCAGAUAUGGAAAUGCCACUACAUGCAAAUUACCUAGAAUACCCAUGAUUUCUUAUUUACCAAAUGGUGUCUGUUCUCCUUUUGAUCCUUUCAUCACUUCAAUGACUAAUUUUAGUGCAAUGGCCACUUGUUCUCAGUACACUUCCUACUAUGGUGAAAACUGCGGGGCUAGUAAUGUAUACACUCAAUAUACUACCACGAACAACAACAAUAAUGGAGCAAUCUGUUCAAAAACUAAUGACGCGACAGGAUUUUCAUUAAGCUGUAACUCACUUCCAAUGGCCAAUGGAUAUAUCUCCUAUGACUUGUAUUCAGACAAUGUAUGCACAAAGAGAAUUGGAAAUCCUUCAUCAUUCGCUCUCAUGAAACCAAGUCAACUUUGCAUUCCCAAUACAAAUUGUGUCCUUGUUCCAGGAACGAAUAACAUGUAUGGUGUUUCAAAUUGUUCGAACACAUUGCCAACUCCACCACCAGGACAAAUGGUCAUGCAUUCAUUCGCUAGCAAUGAUUGUUCUUCAAGCUCUCUUAAAUAUUCACAAUAUUAUGCAAUUGGUGUCUGUACGGCCAAUAUGAUGGGAACUGGAAGUAUCAUGCCAAUAUCAUGCUCCUCCUAUAUUUCAUAUUCAGAUACAAAGUGUCAGAACUUUAUCAGCCAACUCAAUUACACUGCAGGAGUUUGUACACCCAAUGGUGCUGGAAAUACGCUUACCUUUGCAUGCAAUCUACCAAAACAGAGUGCAAGUACUAAGAGAGGUGUUUCAAUGGGUGUUUCCACCAUGAUGAUGGAGCAUCAUUGUGCAAUCAUGAUGUUGUUCAUGUUGUUACUUGUAUUUAUUGCUUAA